UUCCUUCCCUUUUUCUUCCCUCCAGAAGUACUGACGUCCUAAAUCACCAAUUCUUCCAACUUUCUGACCACUGAUUCGCGAGAAUUCGUAGUUCAACAGCAAAGGUCCGUGCUCCCUUUACUGCGACCUGCCAGCGGGAGCUGCGUCUCCGAGCAUGGAACGGAGGAGUGAGAGCCCCUGCCUGCGGGACAGCCCCGACAGAGGCAGCGGCAGCCCCGAUGUCAAAGGGCCCCCCCCGACCAAGGUGGCCAGGCUGGAGCAGAACGGUAGCCCCAUGGGCACUCGCGGGAGGCCUAACGGAGCCGUCACCAAGCCCGUGGGAGGUUUGAUGAUUCCAGUCUUUUGUGUGGUGGAGCAGUCGGACGCCUCUCUUGAAUACGAUAACCGAGAAGAGCAUGCCGAGUUCGUUCUGGUUCGCAAAGAUGUGCUCUUUAGCCAGCUGGUGGAGACAGCGCUCCUGGCUCUGGGGUAUUCCCACAGCUCUGCGGCUCAGGCACAAGGAAUAAUCAAGCUUGGGAGGUGGAAUCCCCUCCCUCUCAGUUACGUGACUGAUGCACCAGAUGCAACAGUAGCCGACAUGCUACAAGAUGUCUAUCACGUUGUGACAUUGAAAAUCCAAUUACAAAGCUGUUCGAAGUUGGAAGACUUGCCAGCAGAGCAGUGGAACCAUGCCACAGUUCGCAAUGCCUUAAAGGAGCUACUCAAAGAGAUGAAUCAGAGCACAUUAGCCAAAGAAUGCCCUCUCUCCCAGAGUAUGAUUUCAUCCAUUGUAAAUAGCACAUACUAUGCCAAUGUGUCAGCAACCAAGUGCCAGGAGUUUGGGAGAUGGUACAAAAAGUACAAGAAGAUUAAAGUGGAAAGAGUGGAAAGAGAAAACCUUUCAGACUAUUGUGUUCUUGGUCAGCGUCCCAUGCACUUACCAAAUAUCAACCAGCUGGCAACCUUGGGAAAAACUAACGAACAGUCUCCUCAUGGCCAGAUUCACCACAGCACUCCAAUCCGAAACCAAGUGCCAACGAUGCAGACAAUGAUAAACCCUGGGCUGCUGUCUCCUCAGCUCAGUCCGCAGCUGGUGAGGCAGCAGAUAGCAAUGGCCCAUCUGAUAAACCAGCAGAUUGCCGUCAGCCGCCUAUUGGCUCACCAGCACCCACAAGCUAUCAACCAGCAGUUCUUGAAUCAUCCACCCAUCCCUAGAGCUGUCAAACCAGAGCCAUCAAAUUCGUCGGUGGAAGUCUCUCCAGAUAUUUACCAGCAAGUUAGAGAUGAGCUGAAGAGAGCCAGUGUGUCUCAAGCUGUCUUUGCAAGAGUAGCCUUCAAUCGCACACAGGGCUUGUUGUCAGAGAUCCUGCGUAAGGAAGAAGACCCUCGGACAGCUUCCCAGUCUCUCCUGGUAAACUUAAGAGCAAUGCAGAAUUUCCUCAACUUGCCUGACUCGGAGCGGGAUCGUAUCUAUCAGGACGAGAGAGAGAGAAGUAUGAACCCCAACGUCAGCAUGGUGUCUUCAGCUGCCAGCAGCCCAAGCUCCUCCAGAACCCCCCAGGCCAAAACCUCGACACCAACAGCAGACCUCCCCAUUAAGGCGGAUGGCGCCAACGUCAACAUCACAGCUGCCAUUUAUGACGAGAUCCAACAGGAGAUGAAAAGGGCCAAGGUAUCUCAAGCUCUGUUUGCCAAAGUGGCUGCCAAUAAAAGUCAGGGCUGGCUGUGUGAGCUGCUUCGCUGGAAGGAAAACCCCAGCCCAGAAAACCGCACCCUCUGGGAGAACCUCUGCACCAUUCGUCGCUUCCUGAACCUCCCACAACACGAGAGGGAUGUCAUCUACGAGGAGGAGUCCAGGCAUCACCACAGCGAGCGUAUGCAGCACGUUGUCCAGCUCACGCCUGAGCCCGUGCAGGUGUUGCACAGACAGCAGUCUCAGCCUGCAAAGGAGAGCUCCCCACCUAGAGAAGAGGCUCCUGCUCCACCCGCUGAGGACAGUUGUGCCAAAAAGCCAAGGUCCCGUACCAAGAUCUCCUUGGAAGCUCUAGGUAUUCUCCAAAGCUUUAUCCAUGAUGUGGGUCUCUACCCCGACCAGGAAGCCAUUCAUACCCUCUCUGCUCAGCUGGAUCUCCCCAAACACACUAUCAUCAAAUUCUUCCAAAACCAGCGCUACCACGUAAAGCACCACGGGAAGCUAAAAGAGCAUUUGGGAACAGUGGUUGAUGUGGCAGAGUACAAGGAUGAGGAGCUGCUGACGGAGUCAGAGGAGAAUGACAGCGAGGAGGGCUCCGAGGAAAUGUACAAAGUGGAGCCUGAGGAGGAGAACCCCGACAAAAGCAAGGCAGCUCCCGCCGACGUUGACCAGAGAUAAUGUGAGACAGGGGUGCAGGAAGCAAUACAUCGAUCCACGGAUUUUCUGUUCCUGUUUUUAGUUGUUUUCUCUUUUUCCUUUCUGUUUGUUUGUUCCUGCUGCACACGGUCCAUGUGCAAACCGAACGAGUUCAGCAUUGCCCCAUCAGCCAUCGCCUUGCCACAGACACUCCAGCGUGACACUCCUAUGUCUGACUGAAGUAGCCAUUGCAGUUACACAGGAUUAUGCCUUCGCUUGCCUUGCACUUGUGAGAGGGACAGCCAGCAAGUAAAGAGGAAGGAAAUGUCCUAUGGGAUCAAUGAAGGAAAACAGACAACUUCGUGUGUAUAUAUAUAUUUACAUAAAAUAUAUAUAUAUAUUAAAAUUGCAUGGGAUGGAACUUGACAACCUGGAAGUAGAGACUGUGAAACGAGUUCCUUAAUGACGAGACUUGUUUAUGUAUUAAAACCACUUCACAAUGAGUUGCUUUGGCUCUUUGAUAAACUGCCACCUGCUCUCAGGGUGUGGUGACUAUUUUUUAAUUGCUAUUUAUUUUCUAUGUUUAUUCCUGAUUUUUUUGGUUGCUUUUGGUUUUUGGUUUUUUUUUUUCAUUAUUAUAUGGCUUCCUAUUUGGCAACUCAAUGGCAAUUUUUUUGGUAUGUAUUUAAAGACAUAAAUCAACACUGCCAAAAAAAAAAAAAAAAAGAGUGGGAAAAUUAAGGAAAAAAAAAGGGGAGAAAAUGGAAAAACAAGUCAGGGCACCUUAAAAAGAGAAGCAGUGAGUUAAAGUACCUUAAACACAGGGCACACUUACAAGGAGACAGCGUGUUCCACUCUCCAGACAGUGCUUUUCAUAGUGAACAGAUCAAAUUUCAUGGGAUUCAGAAUGACUAAAGUGAAGUUUAGUGCAGAGAAGAUUUGUCCAUUGCCGAGGUCAUUACUGAAAGAGAAGGUAACAUGUUGAGAUUUGAUAUAUUGAAUUCAUACAAUGAACCACGUCUUACUGUGGAUUUUAUUUGCGUGUUCAGACCUUCACAUUUACAAGCUCCUCCUUGUUGUUGUUUUUCGUUUGUACUGAGGUGAAACACAGACACGCACGUAAAGCCUCAUGAGGACAUGAAGUGCCACGGACUCAGCAGCCCUGUGCGGGUAAAUGGCUGGUGGAGGGAGGGUUGGGUUGCUGACUUCCGGCUCACCUGCACCGUGCUGCUUUUUCAGUUGGGCUCUGUCCGUGCCAGGUCUGUGCUGGUGCGGUGCAGUGUGUCCAGCCCAGCUCCUGUGUAUCCCGUCCGUGCUGCGGGAGCAGCCUGGGCUCCCCACACCUUCCCCAGGCACCUCGUGGCGAGCCAGCUCGCAGCCCCUUUGCCUAACGCAGAGCUAGCGCAAGCCGAUUCCGAGGCCCAACAGUAACGCUGCGCUGUCGUCGCGUCACGCCUGCUGAGGUGUCACACUGGAAGGGACAGCACGCAGCAUUUGCUUCUCACUUUGUGCAGUGCUUUCCCAGACCUCACCCUCGCUGCCCUUGAGCUGGACUGAGUUCAGACCUCUGCUCAAACUACAGUCGUAAGGGACCCACGAGGCUUUGGGCUUUUUCUUCUUUUCACAUGGGCUUUUCAUGUGACCUUGAUAAAGACCUCACGCAGUAUCACUCUUAAAGUUCAUGUCUGUUUACUACACCAGGCAAUGUACUAUAACUGUUAAUACUAUUUAUAUAUUUGAGAGGUAUAAAAGGUAGGAGUUAGAAAGGGAACACAAACCUCUACGUGUAGAUAGUUACUGGGAAGAGACACACUACAGGGAGAAGACAUUGCAAUACAAGCUAAUUCUAGCUGCUCAGUAAUCUCUGGGGUUUUUAAGGGAUUUUUUUUCAGAACUAAGAUUUGAAACAUAAGAGUAUCUCUGCGUAAAUUCCACACGCCUUUGCGAAAUGCUGGUGGGUUGCUUACUUACUGCCCCUUCUGCUCCUCAUCCUUCAUUUCUAUAGUGUGCUGCAGCUUUAAUCAGAAUGUCAGUGGUUGCUGCUUUAUGUUUCUCUCGGAGCUACUCUCUCGGAACCAUCUUCUCCUUCCCGUAGCUGAAAUCACUCCAUACACGUGAAAGGAAGCUGAGCUUUGCCAGGCUGUGUAAGGCUGUUAUCUGAUGAUG